AUGACUGAUGAAUUCAAUCGAUAUUAUAUCAAAAUUCGAGCUAUUUUGGGAAUAGAUUCAAAAACAAUCUUUGACGAACUUACAGAGGCAUUGGGACCUGAUGCUCCAUCAUAUCCAACAGUCAGAAGAUGGGCGAAACGUUUUCGUGAAGGAAGAGACGAUGUCACUGAUGAUCCUCGAUCUGGUCGUCCGAUUUCGGUACUUACAGAUGAAAAUGUUGAACGCGUUCGACAAGUUAUCGAAGAUGAUCCACACUCAACUUAUGAUGAUAUUAUGGGUGAGACUGAGCUAUCACGUGGUACAAUAGAACGAAUUAUUCAUGAUCGUCUAAAGAUGAGAAAAGUUACAUCACGUUGGGUUGCUCAUCAACUUACUGACAAACAAAAACAAAAACGACUUAGAAUUUGUCGUCAAAAUUUAGAGAAAUUUAGAAAUGGAACAUGGCAUUUAUGUGAUGUUAUUACUGGUGAUGAGACAUGGAUUUAUCACAGGCAGAUUGGUCGAAAGUCAAGCAAUGCUACUUGGGUUGGCGAAAAUGAACUACCAAGAACCAUUGUUCGUCGGAAUAGAUUUGAACCUAGAACACUAUUUUGCUUCUUCUUCAAAUCCACUGGUUCUCUUCUCAUACACAAAGUAGAUAAGGGCAAGACAAUCGAUCAUGACUACUAUAUUGAUAAUUGUCUUAUACCUGUUAUCAAUGAAAUAAGAAAAAAGGAAAAGUCAUCACGUACUACAUAUAAAAUGCUUCAUGAUAAUGGUCCUCCUCAUACUCAUCCAGAUGUUAUUGAUUAUUUAAUGGAGGAAGGAAUCGAAAUCAUUCCACAUCCACCAUAUUCACCAGAUCUCGCACCGUGUGACUUUUGGCUAAAUGAUUAUAUCAAGAACAAGUUGACGGAUCACACAAACGAAGAAUCAUUAGCUCAAGAGGUUUCCACCAUAGUGAAGAAUAUUCCAAUAAACGAGUUUAAAAAGACUUUCGAUAAACUGUUAGAAAGAAUGAAACUUUGUAUCGAAAAUAAUGGUGAUUAUUUUGAGCAUUUAAUAAAAUAA